GGGCGGGGCCCGGCCCUGGCCCGGAGCUCCCGGUGCUCCCGAUCCCUGUCCUGGUGCUCCCGAUCCCAUCCCGGCCCUGUCCCGGUGCUCCCGAUCUCUGUCCCGGUGCUCCUGAUCCUGUCCCGGCGCUCCCCAUCCCUGUCCCGGCGCUCCCCAUCCCAUCCCGGCCCCGUCCCGGCGUUCCCGGCCCCGCCAUGCGCAAGUUCUUCCAGGAGAUCAAGGCCGACCUGAAGUUCAAGACGGCGGGGCCCGGGCAGAAGCUCUCGGAGCCGUCCCGGGCCCCCAGGGAGAAGCCCAAAGCCGAGGCGGCCCCCAAGCCCCGGCAGGCCCCGACGGACGAGGCUCAGAUGGCGGCGGCCGCAGCGCUGGCCCGGCUCGAGCUGAAGCCCAAGGGAAAGGCACCUUCCUGCUCCCAGGAAUCCAUCAAGAACCAGGUGAGGAGAGAGCUGAUGGCCGAGGCAGCUGCCAGCGAGAAGGGGCUCCCCGAGGAGGAGAAGGAGCAGGAGGAAGGGGCAGCUGCUCCCUCUGUCUCGGGGGUCUAUUUUAUCUGCCCCUUGACCGGCGCCGUGGUGAGGAAAGACCAGAAGGAAAAGCAGCUCCGGGAAGCCAUCCAGGCAUAUUUCUCCGUGGAUCCAGUGGCUGCUUCCAUCAUGGAGAUCCACACCUUCAACAAGGACCGGGAGAAGGUCCGGGUGGGCGUGGAGACCAUGGCCAAGUACCUGGACAACAUCUACCUCCAUCCAGAGGAGGAGAAAUACCGGAAAAUCAAACUGCAGAACAAGGUGUUUCAGGAAAGGAUAAGCUGCUUGGAAGGGGCACACAAGUUUUUCCAGGCUGUGGGGUUUGAGAAAACGCUGCCUGUUCCAGGGCAAGAUGGCCCCGAGGAGGAGCAGUUCUACGUGCUCAAGGAGGAGGUGCUGGCCCGGCUGGAGGACCUCAAGGAGCGCAAGGAGCAGCUGCUGAGCUCGGAGCCCCUGCGGGCUCGGCUGGACCGGCAGCCCCGCCUGUUCCAGCCCUCCCCUGCGGCCGCCAGGUUCGAGCUGCCCGACGACUUCUACAACCUCAGCGCUGAUGAGAUCCGCAGGGAGCAGCGGCUGCGGACAGAGGCAGUGGAGAAGGCCUCGAUGCUGAGGACAAGAGCCAUGAGGGAGAAGGAGGAGCAGAGGGAGAUGAGGAAGUACAACUACACCCUGCUCCGAGUGCGCUUUCCUGACGGAUACAUCCUCCAAGGGACGUUUUACGCCCGAGAAGCCGUGUCUGUGCUCUACAGCUUCGUGAGGGAAGCACUCAGAGAUGACUGGCUGCCCUUUGAGCUGCUGGGGCCUGGAGGUCUCAAACUCACUGAUGAGAACUUGGCCUUCAAUGAAUGUGGGCUGGUGCCCUCAGCCCUCCUGAGCCUGUCCUGGGACGCAGCGGUCAUGGCAGACAUCGAGGCAGCAGGAGAGGAGCAGCCCCACAGCCCCCUGAGGCCGGAGCUCCUGGCCAGGGUGCAGACCCUCCCCUGAAAUAAAGGGCAGUGGGCUCAGUGCUGCUGUUUUUAGACUCUUCCCUCCCUUUCCCAGCAGCUGCCAGCUGUGUGCCCUCACAGGGGACGGUGGGGGGGCUGUGCAGACCCCGCACUCUGUCCCCACGCAGCUCCAGGAGCCGCGGCCUCGCCCAGGGAGGCACCUCCUGGGCUGCUCCAGGGGGCUUUAAGCACCACAUUCCAGGAGGGUGUUCCCAAGGCAGUGGUGGAGCAGGGAUUAGUGCUGCUAGGCUGGAUCACCAACCUGAGCCUCGGGGGGGUGGGGCUGGGUUUAGAACUCAGCUGCCCCUUUUGCUUCUGUGUGCACUGUAACUCCUGCGGGAGAGAAUAUAUUGGGGUAAGGUGACACUUAGUGCGAUUAAAUGGAAUUAUUUAAAGACUCAGUUCUGCUCCAAGUGAUUUGAAUUGCACUGUGAGGGGUUGGGAAUGCCAAACCAGUCAGGGCUGGGGCUGGCACUGGUGUUACUGGGGCAGCCUGAGACUGACAGCAGGUCCUGGCUGCUGGUGGUGCCCACUGGGGACAUGAACUCCCUUUUAAGGGACUAAUUAAUAACCCACAAAUCCCAGAAAACGGCACUUUGUUCCCUAUCCCACCAGGUUUGAUGCCAGUUUAGUCCUUUAUACCUCAGUUUACUCCUUUAUACCUCAACCUUCAUGUUUUCCCGUGGGCCAGAGACAAGCUCUGAUGUAAACGAGGGGACUGAGAAUCAUCCCCUGACCUGUAAUUAAUUCCAAAAUAAGAGCAACAAGAUACCUUUUUUUUUUUCCUCCCCCUCUUUCCAAAUGUGCUGUUCUCUGUAGCAAGCAAAACCACAGACAGGAUGGUACAAGAGCAUAAAUCCAUAUAUAAUUGUACAUCAUUUAUAGCCAAGGCCACGCUGUACAACAUUAUGAACAGUCAUUCCCCCCCCCCACCCCGUGGCAUCACAAUAAGCUUAUCCCAAAAAAUCCCUCAGCUCCUCUUAGAGAUAACUUAGAUACCUUCCAUUACAAAGAAGUAUCAAAAUUUCAAUAAUGCUUUAUUAAGGUCAGAUUAAUAUGCAGUUUUGUGGUUUUUUGUUUUUUGUUUUUUUUUUUUAAUUAAAAAAAACCAAGCUAAAAAGCUAGAACUAAUUAAAAAAAAACAUUUAAGCUUCCAUCUGGGCUGAAGCAGAACAAAGUGCUGUCUUCUCUUUACAAGAAAUGUGGAAUACUUUCAAGUAUCUUGGGCAAAGAUACACAGGGUUUAAAGUUUUCUAACUCAUUCUACAUACAUACAGAGGAGUUAGUAGGCAUUUUAAGUCUCAAACUGUAUCAGUUGGGCUGGUGUCCUGGGGAGCAGCUCUUGUACCACUGGGUUCUGAAGCUGUAGAGUCUGCAAAGGACAAAACACGUUGGGUUUGUUGUUAAAUCACCUCGUUAAUCCAGCAGAAUUUAUCUACUCCCUGUGUUGUCUCAGCCUCCUUCUCCCCCCUUGCUUCAAAACCGGCUUUAAAUGUUGAUUUUGUAUUUAUUAUCACCCAUCCAGAAUAAAAUAAAAAAAAAUAAAAUAAUAAAGACAAAUCACUUCAACCACUAAAAAAAAAA